GAUGGCGGCGGGGCGCGGGGCUGGCGUCGCUGCGACCGGCCGGGGCGCGUGAGCGGGGGCUGAGCGGGCGCGGUGGGCGCCGGGGGCGGGCUUCCCCCUCAGCCGGCCAGCCGGUCGGCCGCCCUGUCGCGUCCUGCCCCGCGGGGAGCGAUGCCGGGGGCGGCCUGGCCGAGAGCGGCGUCGAGGGGCCGGCGGGCCGGAGAGAGGGAGACCCGGGCAAUGCUUGACAGCGGCACGCGCCGGCGGAGCUCGCGUCUCCGGGCCGGCCUGGGAUCGGCCGCCCGGCUGGCCUCCUUCCUGCUGCUCCUGGGAGGCGCCGCCGCCGCCCCACUUCCGCCAGCAGCAGGUGCAGGAGAAGCAGCAGGCGUUGAAGUUCCCGUCUCAUUAGUGAUUCUUUCUGCCUGCAGCCUCGUGGUGCUGGUCCUCUUGUCUGUUAACUGUGUAUCCUGCUGUAAAGAUCAAGAGAUAAACUUCAAGGAAUUUGAAGACAACUUUGAUGACGAAAUAGACUUUACCCCUCCGGCGGAAGACACGCCAUCUGUUCAGUCUCCGGCAGAAUUGUUUGUACUUUCGGUUCCAAACGAUGCUUUGCUGCCUCCGUCACAGUUAUACCUUCCAGAGGAAUCAAAGUCCCAGAUAGCUCGCCAGAAUCUGAAUUAUAUUCAAGAAAUUGGAAGCGGUUGGUUUGGAAAGGUGCUGCUCGGAGAGGUUUACACGGGCACCAGCGUGGCAAGAGUAGUGGUGAAAGAACUAAAAGCAAGCGCUGGCCCCAAAGAGCAAGAGCAGUUCUUGAGGCAUGGAGAGCCGUAUUUCAAUCUGCAGCAUCCAAACGUCCUCCAGUGUAUCGGACGGUAUGUGGAAGCCAUUCCCUUCCUCCUGGUGUUUGAGUUUUGUGACUUGGGUGACCUCAAGGCGUAUCUUUGCACCGAGCGAGAGAACAUUAAAGGAGACUCCCAAAUCCUCCUGCUGCAGAGGAUGGCGUGCGAGAUCGCCGCCGGGCUGUCCGCUAUGCACAAGCAAAAUUUUGUGCACAGUGACUUAGCCUUGCGGAAUUGCUUCCUCACAUCUGAUUUAAAUGUCAAAGUUGGAGAUUACGGAAUAGGAUUCAGUAGGUAUAAGGAGGAUUAUGUCGAAACAGAUGAAAAGAAGCUCGUGUCUCUUCGGUGGGCUGCGCCAGAGCUGGUGACCAGUUUCCAAGACAGGCUGUUAACCGCCGAACAAACCAAGUACAGCAACAUCUGGUCUCUGGGCGUCACACUGUGGGAACUGUUCAGCGGCGGCGCAAAACCUUACUCACCUUUAUCCAACGAGGAAGUUUUGCUGCAAGUCAUAAAAGAGAAACGGACGAAGCUCCCAGAACCAGAUCUUGAACAGCCCUAUUCCGAUAGAUGGUAUGAAGUCCUGCAGUUCUGCUGGCUUCCCGCGGACAAGAGAGCAACCGCCGAGGAGGUCCACAAGCUUCUGGUGUAUCUCCGAAUGCAAAGCCAAAGGGAUUCGGUCAUCGACCUCGAGCAAUGGAACGUCCUCAAGCCCAACACGUCCCACAGAGAGUCGUCGGUGAACUCCGCCUUCCCAAUCCUGGAUCCCUUCACAGGCGGCAGGCUCGGGCGCGAGAUGGAAGAAGUCCUCACGGUCACCGAGACCAGCCGAGGGCUCAGCUUCGAAUACAUCUGGGAAGCUGCCAGGCAAGACCACUUCGAAUGCGGCCAACUGACCCCCGACGAAGGGAUGGCGUACACAAACAUCUUCUUCCCUGUGGAAGUUUUUGAGAACGGUGUUUUGGAGCGAGGGGACCAAAGCGGUCAGGAGACUUCAUUUCGAGUGCCGGGGGAACUCCCUGUGUUCAACGCCCACAAACCCUCUGUUGGCAGCGAUUAUUACAUCCAGCUGGAGGAGAAGAGAGGGAACAGCGGCGUGGGUUUCGAGAACCAGAACGUCAUGGCGACGACUGAAGUGGACAGCCUUGGAGUCCCAAAAGACAAGAAUUCUCACGUUGUGGUUCUUGGGGAUUUUGAUGCUUCGGAGUCUGCUACAGAUGGGGACUUUUCCUGUUACGAUGCCAGUUCCAGGGAAGGAGAGGUGAAGGCUGACAAGCAGGGCAGCCCUCUCCAAGAUAUAUUGGAUGAUAUCUCCAGAGCAGAACGGUUGAUCAACGAAAGGAACUGUUUUGACUUAACUGAUCUCAGUGAUAUUCAUGUGGAGCUCGAAGCAGUUUCGUGUUCGGAUCUGGAAGAAUCGGCGGUAGCUGAUUGGCGCAAGAAGGGAAGCCCUGUGCAUGCUUUGGAAUACGAAAUCCUCAGCUCGCAUGAAAAUGCCCCGCAGAGGCCUGCCUGUGGUUCGCUCACUUCAGAAGAGCUUUGCGACAACUUCCUUUUUCUUCAAGAGAAGAACUUACUAAAGGGGGUGUUGAAUAAGACAGCCAACAAGGACAACACUAAUUUGCUGCAGGGACCAAAUCAGAACUCUCUGGAGGUCGAGCUUAAAAUGGCUGGAAAUAUUCCUAGCAGUAAAGAUGAACACUUGAUACAAAGAGCCACUGAUAAAAGCAUGGGUGUUGUGCUUCCAUCCCUUGUGGAGGUGCCUUGCAGCUCACCUGUGAUGGAUAAGGAACAGGUGACUCCCUUACUAAAAGCUGGGCUGGACAACUCUGAUGUAGGAGCUAAUGAUAACUCUGUCAGUGGUAUCGAUGGCGCCUGCCUCAGAAUGGAUCGAGUUUCUGAAGCCAUCUCUGUCGAAACGCUGGCCAUGAAUGCCAAAAACCAACCAGAUGGGCCUAGCCCCAAUCAAAGCGCUGCAUUCAAUGCUCAAGGGCAAGAGAGGCAGACAAUAACUCAAAAACUUGAUUGCAACGGUAGGUCCUGGGGGGAGCUAAUCCAUGACUUAGAGAAUAAGGAAGCUGAAUUAGAACAUGGUGAUAGUUGCCAUUUGGACCAUGAAAAUUCAGGUUCAGUUCAGAAGCAUAAUACAGAGGUUACUCUCACGUCCAUCCUCCCCUCAGACCGGUCGAGCAAAGAUAGUCUGCUAGAAGACAGUGUGUCAACCACCACGCAAAGCAUGGGUCAGUCUUUGGAUACACCAGAUUCCUUAGAUUCGGUAGAUGUUAACGAAGUCUUAGAGUCUUUAGUGAGUCAAAGUCCCCAGAAAAUUUUGCCGCCCGAUAAACCUGCCGACAGCGGCUAUGAAACAGAAAAUCUGGAGUCUCCCGAAUGGACUUCGCACCUCAUUGACGCCGACUCCAACGAAGACACGGAUCUGUCUGUUGCUGGUGACAGCAGUCUAUCAAACAUGAGGCCGGUGAUUGUUGUGUCUUUGGACGCCGGGGUGGACACAGCAAAUAUUAUGGAUUGCUUUGAAGAAGCCGCUGCGGCUUCUUCAGGUAAGCUUCAGAAUUCGUACAGGGACUCUGCUUAUUUUUCCGACAAUGAUUCCGAGCUAGACAAGAAGUCUGAAGAGGCUGCAAACACAUCCAAGGAACUGAAAGCACUAAUGGUGGAUGGUGCUUGCAAUGAAUUCUUAGACGUGAAAACGAGCACCAGUGUAGAGAAUCACCCAGACUAUGGUCAAGUCACCGUUGACCAGUUCGCGAAUAACUCACAUUUGCAGCAGGAGUUAGAUGAGAAGCUAGAAUUCCAGGUGGCAGUGUGUCCCCCUGAAGAUGGUGAUACAGCUUCACUUAGUGCUGUGUUGAGUCUAGAUCCUAGGAACGAAGAGAAAGUUGAGGAUUCCCCCAGAGACGUUUCUUGUGCUGGAACAAACACGGCAGAUUUUGACCCUGCUCAAGAUCUGAAGAUUUCCCCUGACAUUUUGGGCCCGGCUGAAGCCUUCGAAAAGCCUCUGCUAUGCCAUCCAGAGGGUCACAAACUCAAAGAGCCAGAUGUGGAAGGAAAAUACCUGGGUAAGCUCGAUGUGUGUGGGAUGCUCGAUCGGUCGUUCGAUGGCGACGAUGCCGAUGAAGAGGACGAAAACAGCGACGAUUCGGAGGAUGACAUGAGGACUUUCCACCUGCAGGGCCUUAGCUCUGACAGUGAUGAGGAAAUUGUGCACCCGGUACCGGUGAUCCUUACCGACAGGGAUGACGGGAAACAUCUGAAGAGCCUGCUGAAAGGCCCGAGACUUUUGGGUCAAAACACUCCUCCCGAGAACUCCCCCAAAAGCGAAAGGAAAGCAGUCAAGUUCUUUGACGACGUCACCGUCUAUCUCUUCGAUCAGGAAACACCGACCAAAGAGCUUGGGAACCGGGCUGCCGAAUCCAACCAUUCAGGUUCCAGCGACGCUUCGGCUCCAGCUUCGGGUCUUGGCUACUUGAAUAAAUUUACUAACUCAGAAAGCUCAACUGAUGAAGAAGGCGGAGGCUUUGAAUGGGACGAUGACUUCUCUUCUCCGGACCCCCCUUUCAUCUCCAAGCCCGCGAACACCGUCAUUAAUCCCAGGCCUUCCCUUCAGACAUCCAAGUACUUUUCCCCGCCACCUCCGCCGCCUCGGAGCCUUGAACAAGACUGGUCACGUUCAUUACCUUACUCCAGGUUCUCCAUCUCGCCGGCAAACAUUGCUAGCUUUUCUCUCACUCACCUUACAGAUUCUGAUAUCGAACAAGGAGGAAGUAGCGAAGAUGGCGAGAGAGACUAGGAGACCCAGCGCCUACGGACAUGCUUGCAAGGACCUCUCGGGGACGGGCAGCAACCUUGACAGCCGACUUUAAAAACAUGGCACUCGAGAACGAAGCAGGUCUGCCAGCCGCUCGGCGAUUGAACUUCGGGCAGACGCUGAAGGCGGAUCGGGACCUGAACGUUCAGAGUUGUAUGGUUCUCUUGUCACGUAUUGUUUUUGAAACUGCUGCAUUUUUUGCAUUUCCUUAAAAAACGAAACGUUACUCUGUGCUGACUCCCCCUGCCACUCAUGCACUCCCACUACUUGAAGUAUUCUACAUAGAAGAAAAAAAAUUGUAAUGAGUUCUGUAAUAUGGUUUAUGUUCUGGUUUAUAUACAGGAUUGUAUCAUACCCUUUUAUAUCCCUAUAUUAUCUGUAUGAACGUGUAAAACUGUACAUAGCUCAGCCGCGGGUGGCCACUGUCACUCAAAACGUGUGACUGAACGUCGUUGUAUAGCAAGCCAUAUUUCCGAGAAUCCACCCUUAACUUAUCUACAGAUACCCUGCUGGCAGUCUCUUGCAAGUCCUUCUGUGUUGUAUGAAGCCAUUCCUUUGCUUCUGGGUUGAUUUGGCCCGUUGAACUCUCUCUCUCUCACUCUUUGCCCUUGUUCAGUUCCUUUUCCAGGCAGCGCGCUUCUCAAAGGGUUCGGACCUCGAGUCUUCCUUUUUAAAACAUAGAUACACAAUUUCUGGACUUGUUAGGGGAUUAGACUGUUUUCUUUGAGGGCAGGUCGCUGUCCCUCCCGACCCCAUUUUUUUUAAGAAGAUAAAGUCCUAUUUUGCCAUUUAGUGAUUGGCUUGUUGGCCACGGUUGUAUUUGGCAGAAGAAAAUGUUGUGGUGGUUUGUCAAGAAAAGCCUGAGGCUCUGGCGUCCUUUUAAGCACGUUGGCUUUACUGCUCCUGAGCCUGCUAGCCCCUAGCUUCUCCUCCCAUCUUCUGGGACCUAUCAGCAUUUAUAUUCGGCCAUCUUAGUGGAAGGAAGGAAGGGCCGAGUUAACUUUGCAGCUGGCCUUCCAUUAUGAACACCAGACUUCAGAAGAUCCAGAAACUCAACAGCGGGUCUGCCUGUCUCUCUCCCCCAGACCAAUUCAGCUCACAGCAUUGUUGGCCAGGGUUUCUCAGGCCAAAGAUACUUCCUGCUGGCUGUUGCUCGGAAGAACGUUCUUGGAAUUAGUUACCUGAAGGAUGUGAGAGGCAUCUUUUAAGAGCUAGUGGGUGGUGCCACCUUUGGUCAGUCUGGGUCUUCUUUCAUACUUCUUUUUUUUUUUAAAGGCCUUUCCAAAGCACCACACAGCUUUUUUUGUGUGUGGAAUAGAAAAGGGCUUGCACAGCACAGGCGUGCUUUUAUGCAUGCGCACCUCUCAGUAAUAUGUUUCGAAGCAAAGCAUUUGAGCUGCAAAACAGGCUGUGUGUCCUCAGCGUCGACAGGUGACAGAUUGUAAAAACUGUGGCUGUUUUUUCGUUUGCUUGCUCGUUUAAAGCAAUCCAGGUGACUUUGGUUGACACAGCCUUUUGCUCUGAUCGAACUGAGCUUCUGCAAACGGCAUGUCCAUCGAUAGGUCUGGAAAGUUUGAAACUGCAUUGUGCAUCCCCCCCCCCCUUUCUAUCGCUUUCCCCUGCGGAGACCGAAAUCAAAUGCAUACCGAUUGCCAAAGUUAGGGCUUUUACACUACAAGGAACUCAAACCCUGCGAAAAUGGUGUCUUCCGGAGCGGCGUGGUCUUGCUUGUCGAUAUACAUGGACAUGACGCACUUGAUUUAUCCUCUCCUGCCGUGCUUGGUUUUGGACAAACCUUCCCAUGCAGCAAAUUCUCUUUUUGCUUCGAGCUCCUCAGAAUCUCUUUUCAGCGGCUUCGAGGCCUGACGUGGAAGGCCACUCUGUCCCUCUUUCCCAGCUUGUUUGCAACGUGAUAAAUAUUAAAAGCAGAAUGCAGAACGGAGAACAAAGAAAUUGCACCACUAUGUGGAGUUGCCCGGCAGGUCCUAAACUUCGGCGGUCAUGAUUUUAGAUGCAGGGUUUUUUUAAUGGCAUCAGGUGAGUUGAGUUAACCAUUGGGAACUUUCAGAUGUCUACUUCAAACACUUUGACAUCCCCUCCCCCCCCCCCCCAAAUUAAAAAGAAAACAGCAACCAAUGGCGAAUAUCUCAUGCCACAGAAGGGAAUUUCAGUUUCUUUAUACCAGGCCCAAAAUCAUAUCAAGGUGCCCCCGCUUCAAAUGUUAUCAAACAUCUGCUGCAAUGCGUGACUUUGAAGAAGGCUGUUGGGAAGAUGUUACGAACUGCCAUUGGAGUGGGCACCCACACAAUACCUCUUGCAAAAAACAUUUGGGUGACUUACGCAACCGUGAGUUUGUUUCUUUUUAAAGUCUCCCCGUGUUGUGAUGGAUCCCAAAGUGCGAGUUGAAUGUCGAGAUUGUCCUUUGAAGGCGUGGGCUCGCAAGGAGCGUUCGGCAAGCCCAGUACGCUAGAUUGUGCCAUUUUGGUGAGGCAGGAUUCCACAGCAGUACGGAUGACAGCUUCUCCCCUGUUGGCAGGUAGGGAAAGACGACCCCUUGAACGGUGUAUAGCCCAGACCUUUCGUUUUUGCUAGCUCUUUAAUUCACAAAUCCAGUUCUGUCAUGGUAAUGCGAAGGCAAGGUUUUGGUUCUGAAUUGUGGAGAUGCGUCUUGUCAUGCAGUCCACGCACCGAUGGGGUUGUCCAUUUGGACCGUGUCUGUGCAGUUGGCGUGCGCUGCACUCCUUGUGUGUGCGCACCUGUGAAAAAGGAAGAAGAGGGUUUCCAAAGAGGCUGUCUCUCUGUGUGCGUAUGAGUUGUGAUUUUAACAAAGGCCACAGCUGCAGGUGUACAGAUCCCAGACUCAGCAUGGUGGAAUCUUAUCCUCACCAUUACUAACCUUCUCUCUCCCACUCUCUUUCUCUCACUCACACUCUCUCUCUCUUUUUGAACAGCUGCACCACAGGCAGAAGUUUGCCUGGUGAAACCGUUCCUCCUGUGAGCAUCAGUUGGUCAGGAAAGAGUUGCCUGCUAAAUGUCUGUCAGUGACCAUGCUGAAAGCCCAGGAGUGCUACCAUAGCAUAGAUUCAUUCAUUCAUUCAUUCAUUCAUUCAUUCAUUCAUUCAUUCAUUCAUUCAUUCGAUUUAUACCCCACCCUCCCCCAAAGGGCUCAGCAGUCAGCUAUCAAAACAUCAUCAAUCAAAACAUAUCAACAAUAGCAACAUUUCAUAAAAUAGUAACGGAAACAUCAAUAGCAUCUUAGCGGCAAAGAGUAACAGCAAAUAUCAUGUAACAACAAAUGUAGCAUCAACAAUAACAACAUUUCUUAACAUAAUAACAGGUUGUCUUCCGGGGUGCAGCUGUUGCAUGUAGGGAAUGCGGGAGGGAAGGGUGUUAUCUGGGGAAAGGUAGAGUGAGUUAGAUCCCAUUGCCUGGUUUUGAGCCCUGGAGCCAGGAACAGCAGUCCUUCGCUCCUCAAUAGGAGGAGGUGGGAUCUUAAGAGUAGGCAGAAUAGAAAGGUUGUGCAUUUCGUGGGAGGAUGCUUUCACUUGCCCCUUCUGGAAGUUGGAAGCUGAGACAUCCUCAGGUUCAGGCAGGAGGUCAAAAGUUUGCAGCUUUUGAAAAGAGAGCUGGGCGAAAGCACGGCUCUGAAAUUUUACAAUGAGAAGCCGUGUGAGAAACAACGAAGAUUUUAUGAAUUGCUGAAAUGUUUCCCAAGCCUUUUUUAUAUAAUAAUUUCAGCGAGGAGCUGAAAGCUGCUACAAGCCCAAGAAAUGAUUCCCUUUUAUUCCUUGGAAAGGCGCUCACGGAUUUUAAAAAAGGAAGAAGAAACCAGUAUGUUAGAUUGUGAUUCAUAGAUGCAGUUUUGUUUUGAUUUUCCUUUUUUAAAGAAGAAGAGAGAUGGAAGAGCAAUUAUUAGAAGGUGUCUGGAGGGAAAACGAUUAAGCGCUCGUAUUAAAUGUCAGUGGAGAAAUGGCUAUUUGGGUUGGAACGUAGGGUCGGGAACAUAAUAGCCUUAUAAGAAAUAGCCUUAAAAAUAAGAAUGGAGUGUACAAAAUAAAUUAACUUCAGCUUUGAGUUGCAUAAAAUCUUUUUUUGGGGACAAGAAAUCAAAUCUUUGCUAAAACGGAAAUUAUAGAGAAUUUAAGACGGAGCAUAUAAAUAUGCUAAGUGCUCAACGCCACCAGCCUGUUUUUUUUUUAAUUUUCUGAAUGAAACUUGAAUGAGUUUAAGAUAUCUACUUCCGUUUAUUAAAACUGUCUGAUCUUGCACAGUGGUAAGGUGUAACCUAAUGGUAAAUGGUAUUGUCGUAUGUGUAUAUACAAGGUUUUACCCUUUAUUUGUAAAUGAGGAAAUUUAUGUAACAACCACAAGGGAGAGGUUUUCCUAUUGGGAUUUAAAUACAGGUGUGAGGUUAAUGGCAAUAUCACAGUUAAGGAAAAUUUCAGGUUGAAAUGUUUUUAAAAUUGUGUACAUUGAAAAAAAUUGUAAUUAUUUCUACUGUACAUUGAUCAUGCAUAUUGUGAUUCCAGAUUGCUUGUAAUUUAAAAAAAACACCUUAUUUAAUAUUCCGAAUAAAAUAAAGGUAUAUAUUUAUAAA